CGAUUUUAUGACGACAUAAAACGGGCAGUAUCGCUCCCCUGCUUGUUCUUUACCCAAAACACGAUUGCGCACCGCGCACGCGCCGCUCGCAAUGUAACGCAAUACAUGACAGCAUUUUUCCCUUGUCAUUCAUAACAACAAGCGAAUAAUAAUGGCCGGAUCACACGGCUAUUUUGGCUUUGAGAUAUUGAACAAAUUGGUCGAAGAACAGGUGCACAAGAAGGAGGACGUUAUCAUCCUCUUCGCCCAUUGGUUUCUCGUCAAGAAUGGAUUCAGGUGUAUUGGGUUAGGGGAUUCGAAAACUUUCAACAGGAAUCAAAAAGGCUCGGAGUUGCUGCCCGAAGAGUGGAGUCAGAGCAAUCACUACUCGCUGAGAUACCUCAAGGAAGGAAAACUUUACAUUCUCCUUGGACGUAAAUCAGACUCAGAUUUGCUCCUCAAUAUUCUGACAAUCGCAGAUAAUUGUUCAUCAACAGUGAAAUUCGAUGUCAACACCACAAUCUUAGAGCUCCAUGGACCUCUGUUGUCGUUGAUUCCUCGUCCCCAGGAGGUGCAGCACAAACUCCAGAAGGAAUUGGUUGACCCAGUGUACGCUGGGAGUGCCAGGGAAAUAUCAACUCAAACCGCAGCAGCUUCACGACCCCAUGUGGAGACAAGUGGAGGCUCACCCCCUGACAACAUCCUGCGAGUGGGUCCAGCCUCAAGAGCUCUAUGGCCCCCAGACCGAGACGUAACAGGAGUUGGAAGGAACGAUAUAGACCCAUUUGGAGGUAUUGGCCCAGCACGAGGAGGUGGAAUGAUCUUCGAUCCAUUCAGACCAGCAAAUCCAGGACUACCUAAUCCCCUGGGACCGCUUCCUGGGGGUAUAGGAGGCCCUGGGAGACUGCCACCGGGAGCCAUCCCACCAGGCGCCAGAUUUGAUCCCUUCGGUCCGCCAGAUCUAGUCCAACCGAGGCCUCGUCCGAGAAACCCAGAUCACGAUCAUGAGCUUCCGCCAGGAGGAUAUGAUGACAUGUUCAUGUGAAACAUCAACAUAUGUUCGAUAAAUGUAAACAUUCUCUUCACUAUUAAAACAGAAUUUGUGAAUUGAUGAAAUGAUGAAUUAAAUUUUUGAUAAUAUAGAACUAUAAAUUUUCAA